GUCAUCAUCACAUCGUAUUCUAAAGUGGCAGAGAAAAAUUGAGAUUUUUCUUUUACUUUUAUUUUUUUUUAUAUAUUGAAUUGUAUAAAUUGAAAAGUUAAAUAAAGUGAACAAAUAAAAACAGUACACGAUAGUGUUUGCGAAAAUUUUCGUAUAGAAAAUUUUUGGUGCUCAAAUCGAUAUAGAAAACAGAAAAAAAUGUCCAGUUCAAUAGAGACAAUUGGACUGAAAUUGCAAUCGCUGGAAGAGCGAUUGCAAGCUGAAAAUACAUCGCGUGAUGCAAUGGAUGUCUUCCCACAAAACACACCAAGCAUACCGAAGGAACCAGCUGCACCAAGUGGCCCUAGUAGACCACGAAAGCUAGAAUCACAAAAUCGAAACAGAAUGCAGCUGCCUUUUAUAACGCAUUCACGUACUAUUGAGACAGACACUGAUAAAAAGCUCAAAAUGAUUAUGACACAGACUGGUAUACUCACAAUUAAUGGGAAGCAAUUUAAAGCCGAUGUGAAGGACUUGGAACAUUUGGGAGACUUGGGUAAUGGCACCAGUGGGAAUGUAGUAAAGAUGCGACACAUACCCAGUAAUACAAUAAUAGCUGUAAAGCAAAUGCGACGUACUGGUAAUGCAGAGGAAAAUAAACGUAUACUAAUGGACUUGGAUGUAGUACUGAAAUCACACGACUGCCAAUAUAUUGUUAAAUGCUUUGGAUGCUUUGUACGCGAUCCUGAUGUAUGGAUUUGUAUGGAGUUGAUGUCAAUGUGUUUUGAUAAAGUAUUAAAAAUUUCAAAGAAGCCAGUACCGGAAAAUAUAUUAGGCAAAGUUACUGUAGCGACGGUUCGUGCGCUUUCGUAUCUUAAGGAGAAACAUGGUGUCAUACACAGAGACGUUAAGCCAUCAAAUAUACUAAUUGAUGAGCGUGGUAAUAUCAAAUUAUGUGAUUUUGGUAUCAGUGGACGUUUGGUAGACUCCAAAGCGAAUACAAGAUCGGCUGGCUGCGCGGCAUACAUGGCGCCUGAACGCAUUGAUCCCAUUAAAUCGAAGUAUGAUAUACGCGCUGAUGUUUGGUCGUUAGGCAUCACGUUAGUGGAAUUAGCAACAACAAGAUCUCCUUACGAAGGUUGCAAUACUGAUUUUGAAGUAUUGACAAAAGUUCUACAGUCGGAACCUCCUAGCUUACCAUAUGGCGGAGAUUUUAAUUUCAGUCAGGAAUUUCGCGAUUUUGUCGAAAAAUGUCUAAUUAAGGAUUAUCAAGACAGGCCAAAAUAUAAUGAAUUAUUAGAACAGCCAUUUAUUAAAUAUUAUGAAAUCGCUAAAGUCGAUGUUCCACGUUGGUUUAGGACCGUUGUUGAAACAUCCGUUAGUGAAACGCAUCAAAGAAAUUUUAUGCCAACAACUUUAGAAUCAAGUGUAGCGAAUAAAUUCUACAAACUAACACCAACAAAUUCAAGAACAAUAUCAAAAUUUUCUACAACGACUGCAACGACAAUAACUGAUAGAACAAAUACAAAUAGCUCGCAUAUACCGGGUUCUUUAACUCAAAAUCAACAUACGCAGCAACAACAGCAGCAACAACAACAUUUAAGUCUAAAUCGUUUCAAAAAGGAUGAUUAUCAUCACCAACCUACGCAACUACCUCAACCAAUUUCCAAUUAUUACAGUAAUAAUCAAUUGCACACAAACGAGCAUAUUAGUGGGUUGGGUGAUAAUUUAACAUUAGUACCUAACAGUGGCGGCGUUGGAAGUAGUAGUGGUUAUGGCGGGUCGGGUAGCAGUAGUGCGAAUAGCUGCAGUCCACAAUCACCACCAAGUAUUGGUUAUAAUAUAAAUAGAGACGAAGCAAAUAUUGUAAAUGAAAUGAAUAAGUUAUAUCGUAAUUCGCCGUUUAUGCAAAGAAAGUACAACAAUGGUGCAACAUAUAAAUAUGGUUACAAUAGUGGUGCUGAAAGUCCAAAGAAAGAGUCUAUGUUAAGUAGCAUAGGUCAAUCAAUAUUACGAAAUUUAACUACAUCACCCUUCAGUCAAAAGAAACACCCUAUUAUACCUUCAAGCAAUCAAAUCGAUCCGCUUUGGCGUCUACAAAGUUCAACGGAUGGUGCUGUCGCAUAUGAUAAUUACGAUGCAACAGCGACAAUUUUAAAAAAUCAAGAAUCACCUGCAAUGACAAGGAAAAGGUUUCAACAAUUAAAUUCAACAAAUAUUGAUACAAAACCAACAGCGACUAUAAACGUAAAACAAACUUCCUUAAUUCCUGUAAAUAAAUAUGAAAGUAAUCCACAACGUGUUCAGGGCAAUCACAGUCCAAUUGUUCUUCAGCGCUUCUAUCAUCAACAAAAUCAACUACGUGAAAAAGAAUCGGUAAAACAACAACACACACAUUUCUCAAAAAUAUCACCUGAAGCAACUAUCACUUCAACAACUACAAAUCCUUUUAACGCCAAUUUUAUGCCAACUAACACAACAAUAACAACAAAUUAUAAUAACAUACAUCAUCAAUCACACAUACCAGUUGCCGCUAAUAUUUCUGGCAAUUUGUUAUCCUCAUCACAUUCAACAAAUUCUAGUCAAUCGUCUACACAGUCCGCUUCCUCACAAAUCGCUGCCAGUUAUGUUGAGAAACAACGUUCACCAACUACGGUAGUGAAUGGUAGUACCGUUUUUGGUACAAAUUCGUCUACUGCAUUACAGUAUCAACAAUUACCACAACAAUAUGUUUCGAUGCGUUUAAGGAGCUCACGUUCACCACCAUCACCGGAACAGCAUUCGGAUUCUGUGCUGUUAAAUAAAAGUUCUGUUGUUGGCGUUACGGAGCAGAGUAGUAGUACUGGUACUGCUAGUAAAUUAAAUAAAUUGUAUGGUAGACAACAAUUACAGACGGCGGCGAGUCUGAAUAGUAGCUGUAAUAGCAGCAGCAGUGGUUUAACUGGAGUUUAUGGUGCUUCCAAAGAAAAUAAUUUUAAGGAUGACCAAGGCUGGUUUAAUUCAAUUACAGGUGCAAUGAAACGUCAGUUUGCAUCUUAUGUUAAAUUAAAUUUAAAUUCCUCAGCUGCAAACUCAUCAACGGUCGAUGUCAAUAAAACGAGUGCUAAUUCUAAAUCAUCACUGCCCUAUUAUCGCACCACGUCUGCGGGUAGUAGCAGUAAUACAAGUAAUAGUACAUCACCUACAGAUGUACCCAAAACAAAUAUUGGAAACAUAGACUUUCAAGAUGGUGGCAAUAUCGGCACGAGCAGCUUUCUAAGACGAUAUGCAGCUGGCGUAUCCAGUGGAAUGGGUUCAUCAACAAACAAUUCACAUAUUUUAACUGGUCUGGAUCGUCGACAUCGCAGUCCAGAUCCGCCACCACGUUAUAACCGUGGACAAUCACCAUUAUUAUUACGGAAAAAUUUACUUGAAUUAAGUGGACAACCACAGAUUGGUUCACCAUUAUUAAAUCGACGAUAUGUAACUGCUUCACCGCCGUUACCACCACCCCGAAGGGGUUCUGAGAGUGUGCCAGGUUCGCCGCAACAUUUUCGUACACGUAUACAUUAUACACCUGAACCACAGCGACGUAUCUAUCGUACGAUAGAUCAAUGAGUAGCGCUACAAAUUAUGGUUAUGUGAUAUUGGUAUGGUUUUGAUAGCGGUGACACGAAUGCAGAAGUCGAUACGUUUACAGCUGAUGCCAGUGGUGGUACUGCUGCAAAUUCAGCAAUAAAUAUUGCUACAAACUCUAGUCAUAGCGUGCCAUCACUUGAGACGAAAAAAAUGUUACGGCAACCAGAUAACUAUUGGUUGUCAAAGUAGCGGCAAUUGGUGCAGUGGUGCUGGCAGUAUUUUUUAUUAUGUGUGAUCUUAUUUUAGUCGAAGUUAUACUUGUUCUUUGCCAGAAAGUGUGUUCAGUUUUAUUUUACUGUUUCCGUAAGAAAAUAGUUCAAUGAAUUUAUUUAUAGUAGAAAAAAUGGUUAAAUCAAUUCAUGUGCUACAAUACUGCAAUUUCAUUUUUAUUAAUAAUAUAUGUACAUUAAU